GAUGCAGCGGACCUCAAUGACUUUGACGAUCCUCUCGCUCCGCAAUCGUCUCGGCAGCCUCUGACAGGCACGACUGCUUCCGGAGCGUCGGCGUCGGGAUCGCUGGACCAGGGCUAUCUCACCUCUCGCAUCCCCGGCGACGACCGAAGGGCGCCCCAGAACACCAUUGACGAAACCGUAUGGGAGACGCUGCGUCGCGAUCUUUUGGCUGUGUGGGACAAGCUCAAGGAGGUGCUGUAUCCGCGCUACCUGCUGGGCGGCACCAUGUUCGAUUCCGAAGGCGGUCUCCGCGGUGCAUACUCCAACAUUCGCGGCGCAGGCCUCACGGGCACGAGAGAGGAGCUCACGGGCCUUGCCAGUCGGGUCAUAGACGCCGAGGCCCUGCUGCAGAGCAACAUGAGCCCCGGGCUUAGAGAUUGGGAUCUCUGGGGGCCUUUGAUCUUCUGCUUGCUGCUCAGCCUGCUGCUCAGCUUCACGGCCCGAGCCGAUCAGAAAGAUGCUGUCUUCAGCGGCGUCUUUGCGACCAUUUGGCUAGGCGAGGCCAUUGUCACUCUUCAAAUCAAGCUUUUGGGCGGUAACAUCUCCUUUGCCCAGAGCAUCUGCAUCAUUGGCUACACGCUGUUUCCGCUGGUAAUCGCCGCUCUCCUGUCAGCCCUCAGGCUUCACUGGAUCGCGCGGAUACCGGUCUAUCUUGUCCUCAUUGCGUGGUCUCUUGCUGCUGGCGUCAGCAUCCUCGGCGGUAGCGGAGUGGUCAAGAACCGGGUGGCCAUUGCUGUGUACCCUCUUCUUGUGUUUUAUCUAGGGCUGGGAUGCCUUUGCUUCAUCAGCUAA